AUGGCCGCUCUCCCCGCUCAGCACACAAAGCACCUUAACUCUCUUCAUUACCCCUUCCACGACAACGACUUCCUCCUCGCUCAGCGCGACGAUGGCGUAUCCAACGGCACUGCCCUCUGGCUCGGCGGCCAGCUCAUGGCUGCGUUCCUCUCUCAGACCCUCGCCACACGUCGCACUCCCCGUCUUCGCGCAAUCGAGCUCGGAGCAGGCAUCGGCCUCACAUCUCUCGUUCUCAGCUCCAUAGGCGUCGACGUCCUCGCCACAGACACACACCACGUCAUCUCCUCCGUUCUCCGCUACAACGUGCACCAAAACGCGCCCUCUGAAUCCGCUAGCUCUGGCUCUAUCCAAGUCCGCGAACUCGACUGGACAGUACCGCCCGACAAAUGGAGCUGGGACAAUACCUCCGUAGUUGCCUCAUCAAACUCAAACGAACAAGUACCUCUACCGUCAGAUGAAACAGACCUCCUCGGUCCCCCGUUCGAUCUCAUCCUCUCCUCCGAUACCCUCUAUUCCCCCAAACUAGUCACCCCCCUCCUCCGCACCCUGCACGCCCUCAGUCUCGCCUCCUCCCAACAACAACGCUCCACUCGUUUUCCUCCGGUCUACAUCUGCCUCGAACGACGCGAUCCUGCGCUCAUCGACGCUGCCCUCGCCGAAGCGCGAUCGGACUGGGGUUUCGUUGUCGAGCGUGUGUCGCAGAGGAAGGUGUGUAAGGCUAUGGGGAAGACGGGGUUGGAGUGGGCGAGGGAGGAGUGGGAGGGGAUUGAGAUUUGGAAGAUGGUGUUGCAGAAGGGGCAGGGGAAAGUGUAA